CUGACAACUGCUCAACAAAAUCCCAUAUUAGUAACUAAUUUUUUGUUCUUCAAUCUCAAUCCUCAGAAUCAAAUAAUCCAAAACCCCAAUGCGAUUUUCCCUCCUUCCCAAGCUAUACCAUUCACCUGCUUGUCGACUUCUCCCACCUUUUCAUCGCCGAUUACGCUUCAACUAUAUGUCAACUGAUUUACUGGAACCAAAGCUCCCCAUCACUGUAGCUGAAAAAGUCAAGAAAUUUCAUCAAGUUUAUCACUCCAGCCCCACCGAUAGUUGUGACAAAUGCUGGGAUGAAGGUCUGACGCCUUGGGAUUUGGGGAACCCUACCCCAGUUCUUGUACACCUUCACAACACUGGAUCACUUCCAAAGGGCAGAGCUCUUGUUCCUGGCUGCGGCAGUGGUUAUGAUGUAGUAGCGAUGGCGUGUGCCGAGCAUCAUGUUGUAGGUCUGGAUGUAUCAGACAUCGCCAUUAAGAAAGCAAUAGAAUUGACGUCUGGCUCACCAAACGCAGAGCACUGUACUUUCUUAAAGACAGACUUCUUUACUUGGUGUCCGGAUCAGCUGUUUGAUCUCAUUUUUGAUUACACGUUUUUCUGUGCCAUCGAACCCGAGCUAAGAUCAUUAUGGGCCAAGAAAAUGUCUAACCUUCUGAAACCGGAUGGGGAGCUCAUAACACUAAUUUAUCCAAUAGAUGACCAUGAGGGCGGCCCUCCAUAUAAAGUAUCAGUUGCCGAUUAUGAAGAGGAAUUGCAUACUGUUGGUUUCGAAGCAACACAGAUUUCAGAGAAUGAGCUGGCCAUUGCUCCUCGAAAGGGACGAGAGAAACUAGGUAGAUGGAGAAGAUCUCUACACCGUGUCUCGCUUUGAUCAUGCACUGCAGAUAAACACCAUUUUUUCGCUGUAACGGCUACGGAGUGGAGUAGGAAGCUGGAUAGGUUGGAGGUGCCGAUCCUGGGGUGAAAUUCACAUGAAGAAGAAGAAAGGAGGGAAUUGGGCUCAAAUAUAAAAAUAAGCAUCUCCCACUUAUUUAAUUAAUUGGACUCCUUUAGUUGUGUACCCCAAAACUUGUAUAUUUAUUUAAAUUUGGACUCUUUUAAAAUCUCAUGGCCCAAAGCCAUUUUUGUAAUAAGCAUUGGACUUAUGUUUAUUUGAGAAGCCCAAAUAUUUACUUUACUUUUUA